UAUAUUUUACAAUAGUUUUAUUUUCAACGACUGUUUGUGCGUAUGUAAUUCUCGAUCAAGGGGACAAUGAGACGUUAAAGUGCUCAGAAAGGAAGUGCAUCCCAAAAUGUUGCCGAAAUGACCAAUAUCUCAGCAAUUUCAAUAUUUAUGAGUGCUCCGACUACGAUCAAAUCUACGAUUAUUACAAUAUACCAGUAUAUGAGACAUUAAAGAAUAAUCCUCAUACACUUAAUAAAAUAACUAAAAUGUUAGGUGAUAUAUUUUACCUGGUGCCUGGUAAAUUAUACGAAGAAGUAGCGGAAAAUUCAACUUUUCAAAACAACUUUCCUUAUAUUCCAGAGUAUUUUCAAAUGAAUUCAUUCCUGACUGAGAGCGGUGAAUUUUACUUCGACUUCCCAAAUGCUUACUUACGAUGGAAUCAGGUGAAACACUUUUGUUUCGAGUACGUGUUUAGUGAUAAAACGGGAGUGGUAGAACCCUCUUAUCUAAUGGUAUAUCAGGGUUCUAUCGGAGAAACAGGCGUAAAAUUUUACUACCGUUACUAUCUGAUGAUAUCUUGCGUGUUUCUGGCGCUGGUUCUUGUGGUUUAUAUCAUACUGCCUGAGCUACGGAACCUAGGAGGGAUGAUACUGAUGGCGUACACCUCCAGUUUGAUGAUGGGCUUCGUUCUAUUGGCGGUGAUGCAAAGUACCCAAAUACCAAGAUGCGUUGAGUUAACUGGCUCGAUUUAUUUUUUCUUAUUGGCAACUUUCUGUUGGAUGAAUAUCAUGUCGAUUGAUAUAUGGUGGACAUUCCGUGGGUACGCGAAAGCUAGACCAAUCCAUAGAAGAGGCAAACGUGUAAAGUUUUUUAUAUAUUGCCUCUACGGAUAUGGGCUGCCAGGCUUAAUGACUAUUGGAUUAAUCGUGGUCAACUCAGCUGAUCUGUCUCAUAUGCCAUGGAUAGUUCAACCUCUGAUAGGUAGAACGGGGUGCUUUAUUCAAGGUAAAGAAAAAAUGUUGUACAUGUACGUUCCCAUUUUGAUUCUGAUUCUUUGCAAUUGGCUGUUCUUCUUGAUGACGGCACAUAACAUAAGACGGUUGAUGCGCGGAACUGCUGUACUGAAUUCAGCUGCCGCCGGCAACGCAGCCGCUCACCAGCAACAGAAAAACAGGCUAUUUAUAUACCUGAAGCUGUCCGUUGUAAUGGGAAUAAACUGGCUGCUGGAAGUCCUCAGCUUUUUCGCUCCCGAACUUGGAUUAUUUGAGAUCUCUGACACAUAUAAUUUGCUCAUAGGAUUUCCGAUAUUCAUCAUAUUUGUCUGCAAGAAGAAAAUAUACAAAAAAUUAGUAGCAAGGUUUUCUGAGAUAAGACGUAGUUACUUCGGUGGAAAGCGUCCAACGUUGACUUUGACUAGAAACAGUGCGAGCAGUAGCACCAUGAAAUCCGAUCUUAGUGAAGAAAUUCCAAUGCAAGUAUCGAUGAUGCCGCUACCGGAAGACAAAGGAGACCAACUAAACGUCAUCAGCUUGAAUUAACACAAGUUGAAACACUUAUCACCAGUGGCGUGCACUGGGUUUCUAACCAAGGUAUGCUCACAGCAGGAAAAUUUCGUAAAAUGGCAAAAUUUCUCCUAUACGCUACAUAUCAAUUUUAGGGUAUGCAGUGCUUUUGUGCAUGUAUGAAGUGCACGCCACUGAAUGAAUUGCAAAACAAAAACAUAA